GUCCCAGCUCAGUCCAUUUGUGUGAACGGUCGGAGAAUGUUGUGUGCGUGAAGUGGGGUCGCGGGAACGUGCAUGUUGUGGUUUGUGGAACGGCAUGGGACGUUGUUUUGGUUAAAGAAAACUCCCUGUGAAGAGCCUGAAAUAGUGUUUGGAGUGAAUAAGGCAGCGUGAAAGCCACGUGUUGAGGUGGAUGUUUUACAACCGGCGUGCCUGAAUAGGUACAAAGUGACAUGUACGAAUUUCGCUGAGAAGUGGGACCACAUAACGGGUGUCUUGUUGCAACUUCGAACGUCAAAGUAGUGUCACUCAUGAAGAAAAUCACUUCAAUUUGUGGAAUUUAUAAAUAUGUUUGUUGUGAAAAUUCUGUGUUCGUUCAUUUUUGUGAAUAAAUGCUACUGCAGGUUGUGUCAAAGUGUGUGACAUCAUGUCAGCAGCACUGAUGAGGUCCGAGUGCAGGAAAUUUGCGCCGAACAUCUUCAAUAAGAGCAAAUGCACCAAUUGUUUCCGCCAGAAAGAAGAGCACAGUGCCGAGGCGCUGGAAAGCAACAGGGGGGCAUACAAUGUCUCAGCAGAAAAAGAUUCAGCCAGGCAAACUGAGGCGGCCCUCUUCGUCACAUUCCAGCUGCUGCAAUCAGCUGGCAGCAGCAUUGCCGGCCUCGCGAAGCAUAAUCGUAUUUUAAUUGCUUUUACAAGAACAUGA